UUUGUCCGCCCGCCGCCCGCCGCCCAUGGAGCGCGCCGCCCCGUCGCGCUGGGCCCCGCUGUGGCUGCUGCUGCUCGGCGGCCUCUCGCUGCUGGCGGCCCAAGGCGCAGACGUCUUCAUGGAGACUUGCUGUGCAGACGGACAUCGAAUGGCCACUCAGCGCAGGGACUGCUCACUGCCGUACGCCUCGGAAUCUAAGGAAUGCAGGAUGGUCCAGGAGCAGUGCUGCCACAGCCAGCUGGAGGAACUGCACUGUGCCACGGGCAUCAACCUGGCCAAUGAGCAGGACAGCUGCACCGUGCCGCAUGGUGACAACGCCAGCCUCGAGGCCAUGUUCGUGAAGAGGUGCUGCUAUUGCUGCCUGCUGGGAAGGGCGGCCCAGGCCCAGGGCCAGAGCUGCGAGUACAGCCUCAUGGUCGGCUACCAGUGUGGGCUGGUCUUCCGGGCAUGCUGCGUCAAGGGCCAGGAGACAGCAGACUUUGCCCCGGGGGACGUUGGGGACCUUCAAGAAGCAGCUAAGGUCUCUGAGAUCGAGGAGGGACAAGAGGACCCCUACCUGAAUGACCGCUGCCGAGGCGGCGGGCCCUGCAAACAGCAGUGCCGAGACACGGGGGAGGAGGUCGUCUGCUCCUGCUUUGUGGGCUACCAGCUGCUCCCCGACGGCGUCUCCUGUGAAGAUAUCAAUGAAUGUAUCAUGGGCGGCCAAAACUGCCGGCUUGGAGAAUCCUGCAUCAAUACAGUGGGCUCUUUCCGCUGCCAACGCGACAGCAGCUGUGGCACUGGCUAUGAGCUCACAGAGGACAAUGACUGCAAAGAUAUUGACGAAUGUGAGAGUGGUAUUCAUAACUGCCUCCCCGAUUUUAUCUGUCAGAAUACUCUGGGAUCCUUCCGCUGCAGACCCAAGCUACAGUGCAAGAGCGGCUUUAUACAAGAUGCUCUAGGCAACUGUAUUGAUAUCAAUGAGUGUUUGAGUAUCAGUGCCCCGUGCCCCGUCGGGCAGACAUGCAUCAACACGGAGGGCUCCUACACGUGCCAGAAGAACGUGCCCAGCUGUGGCCGUGGCUACCAUCUCAAUGAGGAGGGGACCCGCUGUGUUGACGUGGAUGAGUGCUCGCCUCCCGCUGAGCCCUGUGGGCCGGGGCAUCUCUGUGUGAACUCCCCUGGAAGUUUCCGCUGCGAGUGCAAGGCCGGCUACUACUUCGACGGCAUCAGCAGAACGUGUGUGGACAUUAACGAGUGCCGGCGCUACCCCGGGCGCCUGUGUGGCCACAAGUGCGAGAACACGCCUGGCUCCUACUACUGUAGCUGCACCAUGGGCUUCCGGCUCUCCUCUGAUGGCCGGUCCUGUGAAGACGUGAAUGAGUGUAGCAGCAGCCCCUGCAGCCAGGAGUGCGCCAACGUCUACGGUUCCUACCAGUGUUACUGCCGGAGAGGCUACCAGCUCAGUGACGUGGACGGGGUCACCUGCGAAGACAUCGACGAGUGUGCCCUGCCCACCGGGGGCCACAUCUGCUCCUACCGCUGCCUCAACAUCCCUGGAAGCUUCCAGUGCAGCUGCCCCUCGACCGGAUACAGGCUGGCUCCCAACGGCCGCAACUGCCAAGACAUUGAUGAGUGUGUGACCGGCAUCCACAACUGCUCUAUCAACGAGACCUGCUUCAACAUCCAGGGCGGCUUCCGCUGCCUGGCCUUCGAGUGUCCCGAGAACUACCGCCGCUCCGCAGACACGUAAGUCCCUCGGUCCCCGC